UAAACAAGAAGAUUUAGCUUUAUUUUAUUUUUCUUUGCUGGUAAGAGAUAUCAGAUAUCCUACACCAAGAGCACCCAAGUGGUCAAAUCUAUGAUGCUUCAACAUGAUAAGCACUCCAAUAGUUGAACCUUCAAAAUACUUACCUAGGAGAAUAAUGCCUGGCACGUUCUACAUAUUCUUGCUUCUAUAUAUCUAAAGAAGGCUCUACCCAACCACCAUACCCCUAAUGUGAGAGCAAAAAACAUAGACGAAAUGAUAAACAUGUCUUCCUUCAAAACCUAUGGCAAAAUUGAUGAAGCUGAGCAAUUAAAGCUUGAAGCUCGUCAGAAGACCCAAAAGAGAGUCACCAUCAUAAGCAUAUCCUCCAUAAUUCUUGUUUGUGUUAUAGUGGCUGCAGUGCUUGGAACUUCUCAUAGUUCCAGAGAAAAUUCUCAAAGUGGUGGUACUUCUCAGUCUUCAGCUCCUUCUAUUAAAGCCGUUUGUGACCUUACCUUGUACCCAAAUACUUGUUACAGCAGCCUUUCUCCACUAAAUAACACAAGCCACGUUCAGCCUGAGGACAUCUUCAAGUUGGCAACCCAAGUGGCCAUGAAUGAAUUGUCUAAAGUUGCUCAAUACUUCUCGGAUCACAAUGAUUUUAAUGGUAGCACUGACAACACAACUGUCGUAGCCUGGGAAAAUUGUGUCCAGCUUUUGAGCCUAGCAUUGGAUCAUCUCAAUAUGGUAUUGUCCUCUGGCUCAUUAACAUUGCUAGAAGCUGCUGAUGAUCUCAAAACUUGGCUGAGUUCGGCAGGUACUUACCAGGAUACAUGCAAAGAGGGCUUUGAGACUGCAAGUGCAACAGUUAAGACCAGCAUUACCAAUUGGCUACAGAAUUCUACUGAACUAACUAGCAACUGCCUUGCCAUCAUAUCAUGGAUUUCAAAUGUAGAGAGCUCUUUAAAGCUUAGACGGCUAAUGAGUUUUACAGGGCACUAUGACGAUCCAAAGUGGCUGAAUCCUAAGGAUAGGAAGCUACUUCAAACUUGGGACGUGAAGAAGCAGGCCAACAACAUUGUGGCACAAGAUGGUUCUGGCCAGUACAAAAAUGUAAGUGCUGCCCUUACUGCUGUCCCAGAUAAAAGCACAAACAGGUUUGUAAUCUAUGUGAAGAAAGGGUCGUAUUAUGAAAACGUAAAGGUCAAUAAGAACAAAUGGAACAUUGUGAUGGUUGGUGAUGGGAUGAAUGAUACAGUUGUAUACGGUAGCCUCAAUAAUAUUGAUGGGACUCCAACAUUUUCAACAGCUACAUUUGCUGUAACUGGCAAGGGCUUCAUUGCUAUAGACAUGGGGUUCAGGAACAUUGCAGGUGCAAUCAAGCAUCAGGCAGUGGCCUUAUUGUCAGACUCGGACCAUUCCAUCUUUUACCGGUGUUUUAUCGAUGCAUUUCAGGACAGCCUCUAUGCACAUACCAACAGGCAAUUCUACAGUGAAUGCAAUAUCACAGGGACAGUUGAUUUCAUCUUUGGAAACUCAGCAGUGGUGUUUCAAAACUGCAACAUACUGCUUAAAGAGCCUUUACUUGGCCAGCAAAAUACCAUCACAGCACAAGGCAAGUUUGACCCAAAUCAGAACACUGGAAUCUCAAUCCAGAAUUGUACCAUUUUCCCAUAUGGAUAUGCGAACUUGAGCUGCCAAACAUACCUUGGAAGGCCUUGGAAGAAUUACUCCACAACCGUAUAUAUAGGUAACAGUUUGGGGAGUCUCAUUGACUCCAGUGGAUGGUUGCCAUGGGUAGGCACAUCAGCUCCAGACACCAUAUUUUACAGUGAGUUUCAAAAUUAUGGACCCGGUUCAUCAACAAAGGAUAGAGUCCAAUGGAAGGGGGUGAAGAACAUGACCAGCCACCAAGCCAGCAAAUUCACAGUGAGUUCAUUCAUCAAAGGGGAUAAAUGGAUCCAGGCUGCAGGUGUUCCCUACAAAUCAGGUCUGUGACUGUGGUACAUUUCAUGUAAGGAAAAUAGCAAUGUGAUGCAUAUAUAUGUGGUUUCACUAACUGAAAAACAAAGGAAUUCAUAUGGUUUUUUUUUUUUCUAUUCAGCUGUAUGGUUCUUUUAUCCAUCUUAAGACAGUCUAUCAAAAUAGACAGCACAUUACACAUUUGACAAAAUUGGAAAGAACAAGCAAUGCAAGAUCUGACCUUUUUUUUUUUGCAGAUCAAAUUCAAAAAACUAACUGGGUCCCUUUAGUUGUAUUCGAAAGACUUUCUCCUAACAUAUUAUUUUCACUUUGAUCUCUUUGCUAAUUUUUAAUAUGCUUAUUUACUAAAAGUUGGUUAAAGUCCAUCAAACAAAAAAAUAGUUGGUUAAAGUAAAAUUAAUUGCACAUAGAAAAAAACAAGACUUUAAAUAUCUAACAAGAACAAAUAAACAAAAAAGUUAAAAAGAAAAAACUGCAUCCAUACAUUAUACGCCCACCAUUAAGCAACUAGUGGCAGCUAAAUAUGCCAAUUCUGUCAAUAUCGACUUUGGCUUUUUUAAGUGAUGGACCACCCUAGUCUUAAAAGUCAUGGAAACAGAAAGAUAUCUGCUUCUCAAACUUGACAAUAAUACAUUGAGAGUUAAAAGUAUCGGGUACUGAUAAUAGAAUGAUUACUAUAAUGUUCUCAAAAUACAAAUCUAGAUAUGUUUCCCU